UGGGACUGGUCCAAGCAGAACAGAGAACAUAUUAGGUGUUGAAUUAGGUGAAGUGAGAAAAAAGUAUGGCUGAGGAUCUCUAUGCCAAGCCAGACCUCACCAGAAAAGUUAAAUUUCAGGCAGGUGAGAAGGAGGACAGAAACACAGUCUGUAAUAACAUCGACAAUGUGCAGAUUUAUGACAACACCUGGACAGAGGGCGGUACGCCACAGAAAUCACAGGACAAGACUACCGAGGACCAACAGCAAAGUAUCUAUCUGUCUCCACUUCAGUCAAUGUUCAGGACAGAGGAAUCUUCUCAAAGCUGUUGCAGUGUUUCUGGGGCUGCUGUGUCUUCUCCUCCUGGCUGCUGUCAUUAUCCUGGUGGUCCUACAAAACUGUAACACGGAGAGAAAUCAACUGUGGAUGGACAAUGCCAUAGAGAGAGACAAACUACAGAGAAGUUACAGUGAAAUGGAAAGUCUCAAUCACCACCUGACCCAAAUUACAAGCCAGUUAGAGAACGAGAAAGACCUUAUGAAGGCCAUUAACAACAACCUCACCAUCGAGAGAGACAAACUACAGAGAAGUUACAGUGAAAUGGAAAGUCUCAAUCACCACCUGACCCAAAUUACAAGCCAGUUAGAGAACGAGAAAGACCUUAUGAAGGCCAUUAACAACAACCUCACCAAAGAGAGAGAUGAACUACAAACACAGCUUGAGACGACAUGCUGUCCUGACCACUGGAUAAAGUUUGGCAAUAGUUGUUAUUUAAUUUCCAACUCAAAGAAAAACUGGAAUGACAGCAGAACUUUCUGUAAAAAUGAAGAUGCACAGCUGGUGAUCAUAUCUAGCUAUGAGGAACAGGAACUUCUCAGCUCAUUUAAGCGGGAAGCCUGGAUUGGUCUAACUGAUGCCCAGACCGAAACAGUCUGGAAAUGGGUAAAUGGAACGGAAGUCACCAAAACGUACUGGAGAAAUGGACAGCCGGAUAAUUAUCAAAACAGUGAAAACUGUGCUGAGAUUUCAGACAGGUAUCCUGAUUUAAGUAACUGGAAUGAUUUGAGCUGCAGUUCUUCAGUACACUUUAUCUGUGAGAAAAUACUUCAGUAAAAUCACAUUAUUAUGGUACGCUCUUGGGCUGAUUUGUUUUGCUCUCACACAUGUAAAAUAACAAUAUCAUGCUGAACAUUCUCCUCCUCUGAAAGCAAACGAGUGCUGUGCUGUAUUUCUUAUGUAUAAAACUUCUGAGCUCAAAUACUUCAGUAAUAUUAUAUUCAUUAUUUGUUGUGUUUGUGAUGUAAUAAAAAACAAAUCAUUAAAUACAUUUGUCUCUGAUGACCUUAUUAAUUGUAUGACUGAGUGAUUUAGUAUAUAUCAAAACAUUAUCAAAUGGUACUUUAAUAAAGUAACAGGACUGAAAGCUGAUGAAGAGAUAGAUAAAAAAGAGAAAAAAGAGAAAGAUAAUUAAAAAAAAAAAUUCAUCCUGAUAAAUAAUAUUUUUUGUAAAAGAAUACUGUCACAGCCUGUCAUGGCCUCACCAGCCUGUAAUCACCCACACCUGCUCCCAGUUACACUCCUGCUCUCAAUUAGCCUCAAUCACAGCCAGUAUAUAAACACACCACUCACCACAUUCUGGGUCCGACCUUGUUCGUGUUUAGGACUUGUCACACCAUUGAGCAAAAACCCUCGUUACUAUUGUUUCUAGUGGUUUUCCCCCAUUUCCAGCGUGUCUCCGGUUUCCUGUGGCUUCUCCAGUCCCCUGUGGUUCCACCAGUCCUUCUUGAUUCCUUCAGUCUCUUGUGGCUUCUCCAGUGGUCCCC